AUGAGUGCUGUGGAUUUGAAUUCCAUCUGUGAAUCGUCUCAAGCAGCAGCACACACACCAGCCUCCCCCAUCGCCGCCACCGCCGAUACCGCCACCAUUGCUACAGCCUCCGCUGACUGUAGUAGCACAAACGAAGAUUCUCUCUCCACGGCGUGCCACGGCACACCGCGGCGGCUCCGCGUGGCCGUCAAGCCGCGCGGCAGCCCUGCCGCCGUGCCGCUGUUCCUGCCAAAUGACUUCGGAGGCGACGCGGUGUGGGGACAGUCACCAGGAUUCGGAAAAGGAGCUCGAGUCGCCGCUUUCCCCGCCGCGAGUCCCCCGCCGCACCGCGGCUCGUGGACGGACGGCGCGAGCUGCUGCAAAACGAAGCGCCGAACCGCGCUCGGACGGGACGACGAGCUGGAGGGAGUGCGGCGCGCACUGGGUUGGGACAGUAAUGAGGGCACAGGAGGUGAGGAAGAGGAGAGCGGCUGCAGCGACAGUAACGUCGAAGCGGAAGGUCAUUCGUCCGACGGUGAUAGCUUCGCCACUCGCUGCGAUCUGUUUUCAAGCUCGGACGAAUCCGACAAUUUUCUUCGCGACUCGCUCUCUGGUCUAAGCCGGCAGAGCUCUUUUAUAGCCGACGGCAUCCCGCAAUCUCCGGCGCGGUUCUCGCCACCGGAUGCGGGAUCGCCGCGGUCGUGCACUUCGGGAGCCGUGUCGCCUAUGUCCGUGCUACCUGCGCCGCUGAUAUUGUCGCUGUCCGCAUCGCUGGGUGAGAUGGCGGAAGUAGGGGCGGAAGAAGACGCUCUAAUCAUGCUGCCCAUCGCCUCCCCGCAGUAUAGCGGAAACUUCGGACAGAACCAGUUCAUCAAUGACGCCUCUUCCCGCAGCCCCGUGUCCUCCGCCAAUGCGCGCAACCACCAGCACCCAGCCGCGCACCAGCUACCCCAAUCGGUGCCUUCCCGGGGCCCUUCCGCUCCCCACCCUCCGCCCGCCGGCUUUCCAGAGCGUCCCAAUCCCCACCUCCCGCACCAGCACCCACAGCCUUUCCGCGCAUGGCCUGCGUCUGGCUCCGCUCUCCCGCCCAUUGGUGCAUGCGCGCGCAACAACUUCCGCCACCCGCUCAUUCCCGCGCCUAUGCAUGUCCCUGUUCACAUGGGCAUGGCCAUGGGCAUUCUCGGUAUGCCCAUGCCUGGUCCCAACCACCCACCCAUGGCCAUGCAUCACCAUCAUCACGCGCACAUGCACAUGCCUGGUGCCAUGGCUAUGCCAAUGCCCAUGUCCGUCCAUCCCCUAGCCCUGUCAUCCGUUCCCGUCCACCUACCCCCGCAUCUCGCGUUCCCUUGCCGUCCAUUCCCGGGGGCUGGUCUUGCGGGAAAGUCUGGCUCCGGUGGGGUUCUGCGAAAUGGCGGGAAGGCGGAAAAGGCGGCGAGCGUAGGGGGAGGUGCUAGGGCUGCUGCGUCUGCAGUGGCGGCGGAAGGGUCGUCGGGCACGGGUGUGUUUCUUCCUCGCACCAGUGCUGCUGAUUCAUGCGGUGCUGUCGUGGGUGGAGGGGAAGUAAUGGCAAUUUGA